AGUUAAGCGCCUGUCACCGGUGGCGUUGUGUACGGGGAACACAAGCAAAACAGAAACGUCAUCGAGCCCCCGUACAUUCGAUUGGUACACGACAGAAAUGAUUCCAGCAGCAGAGCGCACAGUCAGCUUAUUUUGAUUCGCGUACUGCACCAUCCAUCCAUGUAACACACGUCUAGUUUUCCGUCACUCUUCCAAACGAAAGAUCCAUUCGUGUCCCCAGCUCGCGUUGAGGAUGUACAAUGGCAUACCAAACCAUUCGCCAAGAAUAUCUUCAAAUACCGAUAGUAACACGCGUCUACUCGACGGCAUGCAUCAUCACAACACUAUCCGUGCACCUCGAUAUCGUCACACCCUUUCAGCUGUACUUUAAUCCAAAGCUCAUCUUCGAACACUACCAGCUAUGGCGUAUCUGCACAACGUUUCUGUUCUUCGGUACCUUCGGGUUCAAUUUCCUAUUUAAUAUGAUAUUCACGUUCCGCUAUUGCCGGAUGCUAGAGGAAAACUCGUUUCGUGGGAGAAGUUCCGAUUUUGUUACAAUGUUUCUGUUUGGCGGAACGGUGCUGGUGAUUUGUGCGUUGUUUGUUAACUUACUUUUCUUAGGUCAAGCUUUUACCAUUAUGCUGGUGUACGUCUGGUCCCGGAGGAAUCCGUUCGUUAGGAUGAACUUUUUCGGUGUUUUGAAUUUUCAGGCACCAUACCUACCAUGGGUUUUGCUCGGAUUUUCCGUGCUAAUAGGUAAUACCAUUUGGGUGGAUCUGAUUGGUAUCGUGGUGGGCCACACGUACUACUUCCUCGAGGACGUACUGCCAAAUCAGCCGGGCGGCAUGAAGCUUCUUAAAACGCCACGCAUCCUAAAACUUUUAUUCGACGAAGCGACGGAGGACCCGAACUAUGUCGCGCUACCGGAAGACCAGCCGGGAGGGUUUAACUGGAGGCGAAACAACUAAUCCCACGCCACGACCGCCAGCACCGGCCGGAUAGCGCACACAGUGACACAAGCAAAUCAAUAAAUGUCUAUUUUGCAAGACUGUUUGCUAAAAACCAAA